GCUUGCCCCCCCGCCGCGGGGAGAGGCCGCCACCCCGCUGCACCCGCCUCCGGUAUCCUCAGUCUCUUGUUCCCCAUUCCACCCAGUGCCCCUGGCAAGCUGAGCAGGCUGCAGUGUCUACCUCUUCACCAGCCUGCAGGAGGCUGCAGAAUGACAUCCAUGUUUUGCUCCAGGUUAUCCCAUCUUCCUAUGGGACAGGAAAGGAAAAUGACUGAGCUGGAGUCAUUUCAGGGGCCGGUGCCCUUCAAGGAGGUGGCUGUGUAUUUCACCUGGGAAGAGUGGACUCUGCUGGACCCCACUCAGAGAGCCCUCUACAAAGCCGUCAUGCAGGAGAACUAUGAGAACGUGACCUCGCUGGGCUGCGGAAUGACAUCCAUGUGUUGCUCCAGGCCAUCCUGCCCUCCUAUGGGACGGGGACGGGCCAUGGCAGCCCUGGAAUCGGUUCAGGGGGCUGUGACCUUCGAGGAGGUGGCUGUGCAUUUCACUGAAGAAGAGUGGACUUUGCUGGACCCAGGUCAGAGAGCCCUCUACAGAGACGUCAUGCAGGAGAACUACGAGAACGUGACUUCGCUGGACUUUCCAGUCUCUAAUCCUGAUGCAGUCUCUCAGCUGGAAGAAGGGGAACAACUGUGGGUCCUGGAUCUCCAGGGCACCGAGAAAAAAGAGAUACUGAGAGGCUCCUACGCAGCAGGUGACAUGAGGGUG